AUGGUAUUAGAGGGGUACUACGACAAGUCUUUCCUGCCAUACGAGCGCGUUGAACAUGUCCCUGAUCUGAAGGAACUCAUCAGAAUUGCGAAAACAUGUUGGGCCUCCAACCCAGAGGCGCCGCGUCUAAGAAGGACACCCUCCACUACACUGCCCCAAUUGCUGCGCGACUUUACAGAUCUCCGGCCACGCGACGUGUUCUUGACCGCUUGUAAGAUUGAAGAGCAAAUUCGGGAUCACCUGCGGAAGUUGCAUGACCUCCCGGACUGGUACGAUCUGCCAGAACACCGGGACAAAGUCCUUCCGCCAUGGAGGAUCCGUCAGAUGUCGCAAGAGCCAGAGACGGCCAGCCACGACCCCCCGCAGCCCACACAGGGCACACAGCAUGCCCCGACCGCACCCAAAGAGCGGCAGGUACAUCCAUGGAAGCAGCAGAGCAACUUACUGCCACGUAUGCUCAACAGCUCGUUCAGCGCACUCGCCCAAAGCCACGACUGCGCCUCCCUUAGUGACCCUAUCCUAUACCGACGCCGAUUGCAACGGGUGGGUAAGGCACUCCCAUAUCUCUACGCAGACCACAGCGUAAGCCGCAGGGUAAGUUAUACAAGCGCGCUGUUGCAAGACUUGGGCCCUCGGCGACGCAUAGUCUUAAAGCAGCGCAAGCCACUCUGGUUUCUGUACGGAAGAAACGGUGUGCUGUCACAACGCUUUCGCCCGCACAAAGAGCAUCUCGAAGCCCCCACUGCGUCGCCACACUAUACCAUCGUCCCGGCACCUGAGCCAGGGCGCACCCAAGACGACGCACACCUACCGCCUGGUAGCGCUGUUGAGAUUGUACCACGGGAUCCUCGCACCACACACUUUGUGCCCGUCCGCACCAAGCAGAAGCAACUACAGGAUGAAGUCUACAGACACGCAUUGCAUCCCCGUGCCAGCGCAACAACACGUCCAGAACACGACCUUGCUGCGGAGCAGGGUCUACGGGAUCCAGCCUCCAGCCGCGGAGGGCUCAAUCGCACCGUAUCACAUUCCAUACGCAUAGCGUCCCUCCGUGCCAGGGGCGUAAUCGACGAGAGAUUCGCACAGAGGAGAUCCUUCAGACGCCCAUUGCUCAACCGCACCGAGCAGACGCCGCCGCACGACGCUUACGCGCCCCGACACCGCGCUCCCGUGUCAUUCGUCAACACCGUGCAGGCGCCGCCGCUUCAGACCACGCGCCUUGCCGACGAGUACCAGGAGCUCAAAGAUGCCAUACAGAAAGCGAUGCUGGAGAAGGCGAUGCUGGAGAAGGCGGCGCUGGAGAAGGUGCUGCGAGACGCUGAACCCCGGCCUGGAAUCAAGGCGGCUGAGACCUGGCAGGCUCCGCCUGGCAGGCGCAGGGGGAAGAGGAGUGUAGCACACGAGGAGAAGCGCCGUGAGUGGUGGUAG